AUGUCUGUCACUACGAAGGAGAAUAAAUUACUUCUACAAGAGAAACAAGAUAAUAAUAAGAACAAUCAUCCGAAAGAGAAAAGUCGAUACUCAUUAUGGAACUUUUGGAUCUGUUCAUUAGCGUUAAAAAUUCUAUUAUUCCCAGAUUAUUACAGUACAGAUUUUGAUGUUCAUAGAAAUUGGUUAGCCAUUACGAAUAAAUUACCAUUGAAGGAAUGGUACUAUGAACAUACGUCACAAUGGACACUCGAUUAUCCGCCAUUUUUUGCAUAUUUUGAAUGGUUCAUGUCACAAUUUGUUCCAAAAGUGGUCCGUGAUGAUGGAUGUUUAGACAUUGUUCCAGUGGGUCAAUUUGGUUGGGCCACCGUUGUGUUUCAAAGAACAAGUGUCAUAAUUAGUGAAAUUUUAUUAUUUGUUGUCUUACAAUGGUUUAUUAAUAAGAGUAAAGAUAAUGAAAGAACUCAAAGUUUUAUUGUUGCCACCAGUAUCAUCUUAUCUCCUGGGUUUUUAAUAAUUGAUCACAUACAUUUUCAAUAUAAUGGAUUUUUGUUUGCCAUUUUAAUUGCAUCAAUUGUUGCAGCAAAGCAAGAACGUUAUUUAUUAUGUGGUCUAUUUUAUUCUAUCGCUUUAUGUUUCAAACAUAUCUUCCUAUAUUUAGCACCAUGUUAUUUUGUUUUCUUAUUGAGAGCAUAUGUUUUAAAUGUGAAAAAUUUCAAAUUUAAAAGCUAUAAAGAUUUAAUUCUUUUAAUUCAAUGGAAUAAUUUGUUUAAAUUAGGCGGGAUAGUCUUAAGUAUAUUUGGUAUAUGUUUCUUACCAUUCAUUUAUCAUUUACCUCAAGUAUUUACAAGAUUAUUCCCAUUCGGUAGAGGUUUAACGCAUGCAUAUUGGGCGCCUAAUUUUUGGGCCAUUUAUUCUUUUACUGAUAAGAUUGCCACUACAUUAUUGUUGAAGUUACCAUAUGUUCAUAAAUUAUUAUGCAAAUGUAUUAAACAUCCAUUAUUCCCUACGACACGUGAAGAAAUCCAAUCUAGAAUAAUGGAAUACGGUAAUAAUGGUAGUAAGGGUUUAGUUGAAGAUGUUUAUUUUAUUAUCUUACCCCAAAUUAUUCCUAAAUUAAGUUUCAUUUUGACAGGAUUUUAUCAACUUUUAGCUGUAGUUCCUUUAUUAUUUGAUCCAUCAUUUAAAAGGUUUAUCGGAUCAUUGACUUUAUGUGGUAUGGCAUCAUUUUUAUUUGGUUGGCAUGUUCAUGAAAAGGCGAUUUUAUUAGUUAUUAUUCCAUUUUCAUUCUUAGUGGUUUGUGAUAGAAGGUUAUUAACUAGUUUCAUGUUAGUUAGUUCUGCAGGUUAUGUUUCAUUAUUCCCAUUAUUAUAUAAGAAUGAUGAUUUUUUGAUUAAGACAUUAUACACAUAUAUUUGGUGUGUUAUAUAUUUCUUUUCCUUGAGAAAGACUACCAAAUUAUCAUCGAGUGUUGAAAGAAGGAUUUUCUUUUUUGAUAGAUUGGCUAUAAUUUAUAUUAUUGGGUUAGUUCCAAUGGUCUUUAUUAUACAAUUUAUUGACUUACUAAAGGGAAAAUAUGUUAUCUUUGAGAAAUUUGAAUUCUUAAGUUUAAUGAUUUACAGUGUUUAUUGUUCUGUUGGUGUUAUAAGUUCAUGGAUUGGAUUAUCAUGGCUUUAUAAUUUUGACGAACCAUUAUGGAUGACUUCUAAGGAAUGA